GAGUCUCCCGGUGGUGUCGUGAAAUUGUGCGUGCUUGUGUCAACGUUCUAUAAAUACCGGCGCCGCUGCCGUUGUUGUCCGACUCGGUAUUAUUGCAUAUCGCAUUAGAUACGGCUAUGCCCCCAACCGUAAUUCGGAUGCCGCAGCAUUCGAAUGGAGCCGCACGAGGUGGGGGAGGUCAUUUUAACGAACCAAGGAAUCGAGGCUUUCGCGUUUUGUGCUGUCGCGUGUGUACCUGUGUGAAUUUGGAGUUUUUCAUGUCCAAGAAUGGGAUACUGAAGAUUUUCGAAAUCAUUCUCGGAUCGUUCUGCCAGACGCUGUUGAUUCAGUUCGGGAUGGACUGUGCCAAGGAUAUUGGAGAGGCAUUCCACGGAUUUCUGACGACGGUUUCGGCCUGUUUGACGACGACGUCGAUCCUUCUGCUGUGCUACGCCAUCUCGGCACGGACAUUCCACCUGGUGCGGCAGUCGAUUUUCGAAGUAAUGUACAACGGGAUAUCGUGCUUCCUAUACUUGAGUGCAUCAUCCUACCUGGGAUUCGCCGUCAACGUGUGGCUGUAUCCAAAGUUUUUACUUUUCAAAAACACCGGAGGAGUCCACAGUGCCUACCCUGCCAUGACAGCCGUUUAUUACAUGGGCACCAUCGUCGGCAUCGUCUACGGUUUGGAUGCGUUUGUUGCGUUCCGGCACCUGAAAGGGUUCUCCUCGUAG